AUGACGAGCCGCAGCAGUUCAGUUCGUCUGGUUGAGUGGAAGCCCAACGUCUCAAACACCGACGAAGACUCAUGUGCUGCCAAAGUCCGAAACUUCGAGUUCCUGUCUUCCAAGAAGGAAACCCUGCUUCCAGUCGCUCGCAAACCAACCACCAAAACCCCCUCCUACAAGGUCGUGAACAUCACUCCUGUUCUUAACAGGGGCAAUAGAUCGUCAACCAUGCCAUCAGCCAAACCCAACAUUACCAACAGCGCAGAAGCACCGGCACCUCACUCGCCCAAGUUCAAGGAGAUCCUCAGCAACGCGGUCAAGGCAGGCGAGAUUCUGAGAGAGCUGCCGGAGAUGUCGACCAAGGACCUUCUGCUCCUCAAGCGUCAGGUUGACAGCCACUUAGCAAAACGAGGAUCAAGUACACCUGCGGUCGCGCCGCCUGACGACAUGGAGGAGUGGGACGUGCUGGAUGAGGAUCUGGCCGGUUCGGCUGACCAGUUCGAUAUCGUUAAGCACGAGGAGGUCUGA